ACGAAGAGACUUGCGGCUGUGUAAUAAAUACACAAUACGACAAAUAAAUAAAUAAACAUGCACACCAACACUAACAGAGUGAUAUAACUAUUCGAUGUUAUUUUAAAUAUCUUGACGGAACUAAUAUGAACUCUUGAAGUAUUCUUGGUAGACGGCCAAUUUUUAUAUCAGCAGUGAGAAAAAAAACAGGGACGUAUUCUACAAAGGUUAAUUUUAUAGAACAAAGCCAAAAUACUAAACUUUCGUCAGACAGACAUAGAAUAAGGAAAAGAACAGGAGGAGGAAACAGGAACAGGAGGUAAGAACAGUUUUUCAAAGGAUAUUAAAAACUUCAUCACUAAUUUAAGAGCCACGCUCUUGUCGGUGUAGCAUUCUCAAUGUUACUUUUUUUUAGGGAAAAAUAGGACACUGGUUUCCCUCUUGCAGCAGAUCAAAAUAAAAAGAAAUGAAUAUAGAUUGUUAUGGUAGCAAUGUCACAUCACUGGUGUUGGUCGUGUGUGACGCAUCCCUAUUAUUUUAAGAAAAAGACUAUAGUGUCUAUGUUUGUCUACGGCCUCUCUCUCUCUGACAUGCAAUGGCGUAGGGUGUGUUGCGUUAAUAAAUUUACUCUUUUCUUUACUAAAGUAUUUUCUAUUUUCUUCCUCUGACCCAUAACCCCGAACAUAGAUAGCAACGUAAUUUUAUACAUAUCUGAUCGAAAUAUCAAGCGACAAUUAUUUUUAUAUAUGCCUCAGCCAUUGCAUUCUAUUUUUGUAUAAUUAUGUACACCCGACUAAUAAAAAAAUAGGUAAUUAUCACGCUAUAUCGCGCCAGAACGUAGCCUGGAAAGUCCCUUAUUGUUUCUAAACUUUAUUUCCACAUACAUUAUCGCUGCGAAUCCGGCCCUGUGUGGCAAUGAAUAGAUCAAUCAUGUUAUACCUUACAUAACAGUCGGACUAGUAUUCGCCAGUCGGACUGUUUCACUGUCAAUGCUACACGAAACCAGAAGUCCUAAUAAUAAAGUAAAAAAAUCAACGAUGAAAGACAUAGAAAACGUUGUGAACCUGUACAAAGAAAGGAAUUGGAAAGAGAUAGUUGAAAGUUAUCACAACCACCCGGAUAGGAGCAAGCUGCUGUGGGUAUUCCCUAGUUUGGACAAUUUUGAGUUUAUUAAGAAUUGUUUGGAAUCUCUGAAGUGUAGUAGAAUAUUAAGCAUAGGCUGUGGUAGUGGACUGCUGGAAUGGUUGAUCACGGAAGCUACAGGUCUUCCAGUGUCAGGCGUAGAAGUAGACGGCGUAUGGUGGCAAUGUAAAUAUGCCCCGCCUACAUUCAUACCGCUCCUUUUGACGUCUCCCGCGCUAGACAAAGACAUAGUCAACUUACUUCAAAACUCUCAUUCCACCGCCUUACUGUUCUGCUACUUCAACAACAGACCAGCUUUUGAAGAAUACUUGAAGCACUAUUCUGGGGACGUGCUCAUCAUCAUAGGCCCAGGCGACGGGAAAGGCGUCCACACAGACCCAAAGCCCUUCGGUGACCUCGACGAAAACUGGAAACUGUACAAAUGGCAAGAAGUCAGAAGCAGUCAAGAUUUUAUAGCCGUAUAUUGUAAAACAAUUGUAUCAUUCCUCUACAGUAUUAAAUAAAUAACAUAAUCAUAACAUUAAA